GCACUAGCCAGGCGCUGAUUGACGGAAUAACAAGAACAAUUAACUGGCCAUCGCGCAGCAAUGUUAUUGUUAAUUCCUACUGCGGAAUUGUAAACAAGGCAGCUUGUAUUAAAUCGCCAACCCAUUUUACGCUAGAACUUCCUCUUGGUGGAUUUGAACUUGCUAUAUCUACGUUUCCUGGACCUUUAGAAGACCUGUCAUUCCUGGGAAACUUGAUCUGACGUCGGGUUAAAUUUGAUCGAAGAACGCCUGCUUGGCUCAAAAUGAUGUCACACUGAAGGAGACCUUUAUUGUUAGUCGAAGGUGAAAUGUCAGCGGACGGAAGAGACAAAAAGCCCCUGAAGUGGCUCGAGGUGCCAAUCGAGAGGCUGAACAAGGAAGCUGUGCCUUUCCACGUAGAUCAGCUUAACAGGCACAGGCUCAACAUUCUCAAGUUUCAACGCAAUGACAAUUGGGAGCUCGCCCACAAAGAGUACUUGGAGGCAACGCGUGCUGUGCAACAGCUGAAAGCUCUCAUCUUUGAUAUUGAUGGGCUCAGGGCGCAGGCCUGUGUCGAAGAUCGCCCUGAGUUUGCUCGACGAACUCAAAAGUCCACUGACAGUAUUCAAAAAGCAAUCCAGGCCUUUGCUGAACUUGACAAGCCAGUGCCUCGACUGACGUCUUCCGGUAGCCCUGUUGAGGAUUGGCCAUGCGAGGGGCCUCUCGAGAAUGCCGAGCUGCCACCUUUGCGCGUGCAACUGAGCCUGGGCGACGAGGAGCGCGCGUUGGCCAAGCAAGAAGCUACCCUGCACGCGUACAACCGACUGCAGGCGGACUUCGAGGACCUCAACCUCAUCUUCAGGGACUUUUCCAAGAUGGCUGAUGCACAGGCUGAACCUGUGCAGUUAAUCGAGCAGAAUGUCGAGGUUGCCGCCAUCGAGGUGGCCGAGGGCAACCGCAUUCUGGCCGCCGCGGUGCGGACCAAGGCGGUCACGCUCCCCAUGAUCGGCGCCCUAAUCGGCGGCGCAGUCGCUGGACCCAUCGGCGUGCUCGCAGGAAUGAAAGUGGCAGCCAUUGCUGGCUUAUCUGGAGGAAUCCUUGGUUUUACGGGCGGAAAAAUGCUGAGAGACAAAGAAAUCGCGAGCGUGACCGAACAGCUGGAGGACAAGACUGAAGAAGUUGAAGAAGGCACUGAAGCCGAAACUGGCGGUAAGGCUCUUGAAGUGCAGCCACGGACAGUAGUAGGAUUCAUAUCCUGACAGUUAUCUCGCCUUUUUUUCUGGCGAAAUUGCUAAAUUCUCUCAUACCUUAGACCGCAGGAUCGGAUCUCAAAUCAUGUAUAGGAUAUUGAUAUGUUUUUAAACAAUUCAUUUUAAUAAAAUAUACAUGUGCGCUUUGUGAAUAUAAAUAUCGAAAAUGAUGAGAUGUAAAUAGCAUUUAAGUACUUGCUCAUAUAAAUCUAUCAAUCCACUAA